UACGCGCGGGCCUGGAUCCGUUCCCGAUAGCACUACUGCAGUGGGGCACCUUCACUGACUGAGGCGGGAACGGCCAGCUGCAGGAGACAUUUGCCUACAGGUUCAUCAUGUCGCUCUUCAUUGUCGGCAGGGCAGCACCUAGGCUCCUCAGGUCAAAGAAUGCUGCUUGUGUCUCUGUAGCUUCUAGAAGCGUCACAUCAUCCACAAACCUAAAGGACAUCCUGGCCGAUCUCAUCCCCAAAGAACAGAGCCGGGUCAAGAAUUUCAAGCAGCAAUAUGGAAAAACCAAUAUUGGCCAGAUCACUGUGGACAUGGUUUACGGAGGGAUGAGAGGCAUGAAGGGCCUGGUGUACGAGACAUCUGUCCUGGAUCCUGAUGAGGGAAUCCGUUUCCGUGGCUACAGCAUCCCAGAAUGCCAAAAGCUACUGCCCAAAGCAUCCGGAAGUCACGAACCACUACCUGAGGGCCUGUUUUGGCUGUUGAUCACUGGCCAAGUGCCUACAGAAGAACAGGUGAGCUGGCUGUCGAAGGAGUGGGCCAAGAGAGCGGCGCUUCCAUCCCACGUGGCCACCAUGCUGGACAACUUCCCCACCAACCUGCACCCGAUGUCCCAGUUUAGUGCCGCAAUCACUGCCCUGAACAGUGAGAGCACCUUCGCCCAUGCCUACUCGGAGGGUGUCAGCAAGACCAAAUACUGGGAGUUUAUUUACGAGGACUCCAUGGACCUGAUCGCCAAGCUGCCGUGCGUCGCAGCAAAGAUCUACCGCAAUCUCUACCGCGAGGGCAGCGGCAUUGGUGCCAUCAACCCCAAUCUGGACUGGUCCCACAACUUCACCAACAUGCUGGGCUACAGCGACCCACAGUUCACGGAGCUGAUGCGGUUGUAUCUUACCAUUCACAGUGACCAUGAAGGUGGCAACGUCAGUGCCCAUACAUCUCACCUUGUGGGCAGUGCUUUGUCUGACCCCUACCUCUCCUUCAGUGCCGCCAUGAAUGGAUUGGCUGGGCCUCUGCAUGGACUGGCCAAUCAGGAGGUGCUAGUGUGGCUGACGGCCCUGCAGAAGGAGUUGGGAGGGGAGGUGUCCGAUGAGAAGCUGAGGGACUACAUCUGGAACACGCUGAAGUCUGGGAGGGUGGUCCCAGGUUACGGGCACGCGGUCCUGAGGAAGACGGAUCCUCGGUACACCUGUCAGCGUGAGUUCGCCCUGAAGCACCUGCCAAAUGACCCCAUGUUCAAGCUGGUGGCCCAGCUAUACAAGAUCGUGCCCAACGUGCUGCUGGAGCAGGGCAAGGCCAAGAACCCCUGGCCCAAUGUGGAUGCCCAUAGCGGGGUCCUGCUGCAGUACUAUGGCAUGACAGAGAUGAACUACUACACCGUGCUGUUCGGUGUAUCCCGGGCGCUGGGCGUCCUGGCCCAGCUGGUGUGGAGCAGAGCACUGGGCUUUCCCCUGGAGCGCCCCAAGUCCAUGAGCACCGAUGGGCUGAUGGCCAUGGUGGGAGCCAAGUCUGGUUAGAGCUGUCAGGAAAGGAAAGAAUAUACUUGUACUUCAGAGGAGGCAGGGUGCUUUAAAAAGAGAACCUGUGUGUGUGUGUGUGUCCGUCCACAUUUGAGGGUAAUAAUUUUACACUUACUAUAUCAACGAUUUUUUUACCCCCAUAGAGCACUGUCAGAUUGUGUAACUCUCACCAGUCUUUCAUAAGCUGAGGCCACCACUGGCCGUCCAUCCAGAACUUCUGCAUGCUUUGAUUGGUGGGACUGACAUGAUGCGGGGGAACUUGCAGAAGCGAUCUUGGAGUCCAGCUUGGAAACGUUUUUUGAAGGCCAGCUGAAAUGUUAUUACUGUUUACUGAAGGCCACAUUGCAUUAGUGUUCGGUCCCUGACUUUUAUUUAUUUAUUUUUAAUUGCUAUAACUGUCUGUACUCGGUUGUCAUGCUGCAUUUGAGUUGCACUUAUCAUAAAACUACCCAUUGUUAAGAUGCGGAUUUUCUGGAUAACCGAUAUCAGAAUUGUAUCGGUUUUAUUUGUGGAAGAGAGUAUUUGGUUUAAAGCUUAUAUUUAGAUCUUAUAUUUACAGUCCUUUUUAUAUCUUAUUUUUUAAUGAGGUGGGAGUGAAGGAGUGGCUGAAGAUCCCAAAUGUAACUCAAAGCCCACAGGAAAUUACUUUUGACAAAUUUUGACAAAAUAAUGAAGCCUUAUCAAAGUAAUACAUAAAUCUACAAUCACAAUUGGUGUAUUUUUCUUGUUUUGUGAAUGGCUCACUGAUACGUUACAGGUGAAAGCAUAUAGGAUUCAAAGUCGGGUUUACUACUUUUAUUUAUUUAAGUGUGAUACUCCACUUAGUGUGAUGUCUUAUGCAGUUGUUCAGAGACGUUUUAUAGCAAGAACGAGGCUUUAUUUUUAUAUGGUCAGAUUGUCUUUUGCAGUUUAAACAGUGUGAGGAUCGGGGUUUUAAAAAUGGGAAUAAAAAUCGUGAGGCUGAUUCUGACUUUGCUACAGUAUCUCUGAAAGUGACUGGGGGAUUACAGCAUGUUCAGCUUUAAUGUACAUAACACUCCCUGGGCAGUGCGGCUGUGUCUCCCCAGUCCGGAUAAGUGCUGGCUCUCACCACUCCCAGCUUAAAUGGCCUUUUGGUUUCAGAAGGAGGUGGGACUCAUGCACCUAAUACACUCCAUUCUUUCUUGCAUAUAGUCAGAUUUACUAUGAUCUCAUUGAAGGUCUGUCUGAUGUUGCUACAACAGGCUACGGUGCAUUGGGUGCUACUUUUCUGUGGGUUAUUUUAUGUUGCUGUGUGUCUUAUGUUGUCCGCUGUCUAUGUUCUACCCUGUAUAAAGGAGAAACCUGCAGGGUGUUCUGUAUUGGAAUGAAAUGGAAGUAGUUUGGUAAAAAGUAGGACUGAAAGUCUAGCUUGACUAACUUUGAUGUUACAAAAAAAACAGAGUUUUGGGCCUUGGAAUUGGGGUGGAAAUGGAAUAAAAAACCUGGAAAUACAAAUAAAUGUUUUUAUUAUCA